AUGAAGGGAAGUGUGGCAGUCAAGGAAUAUGGUUGGGAGAUGAGGGGAAGUUCGGCAGUCAAGGAAGAUGGUUGGGAGAUGAGGGGAAGUGUGGCAGUCAAGGAAUAUGGUUGGGAGAUGAGGGGAAGUGUGGAAGUCAAGGAAUAUGGUUGGGAGAUGAGGGGAAGUGUGGCAGUCAAGGAAUAUGGUUGGGAGAGUAGGGGAAGUGCGGAAGUCAAGGAAUAUGGUUGGGAGAUGAGGGGAAGUGUGGAAGUCAAGGAAUAUGGUUGGGAGAUGAGGGGAAGUGUGGAAGUCAAGGAAAAAGGUCGGGAGAUGAAGGGAAGUGUGGAAUUCAAGGAAGAUGGUUGGGAGAUGAGGGGAAGUGUGGAAGACAAGGAAGAUGGUUGGGAGAUAAAGGGAAGUUUGGCAUUCAAGGAAUAUGGUUGGGAGAUGAGGGGAAGUGUGGAAGUGUAG